GUAUUAUUUUACUCGAACAUGAAUGAGAAAAAUGGCGGAAGUAACACAAACAAGCGCGAACAGGGAGAAUUUAAGUAUAGAUUUAGAUGUCCCAGCAGAGGGAAGAGGAGUUCCUGAGGGCGAGGAAGGGGCCUUUGCUGCUCACAGCAUGGACGAUUUCGAGGAGGAUAACGAGCUGUCACUUGAGCAAGAAGAUACAGAAAUUGUUUCGAACGCCCAGUUGAAAUUACGAUCACCCUCUGAUGAAUCUGGUGGGGCCGGCGGGGAUGGGAGCCAGGCCGCAAGCUCAGCCGGAGCAACACCGACGGCAGACAAUAUGGAAACGGUCGAUAUUGUACAACAAGAGGACACGUUUGAAGAUAUUGCAAAACACAACAUCAUUCAAGUUGCAGGAGACGACAGUGUUGGCAGGAAGUUGGUUCUCUUCUUUUGUAAUCGCCUACCUCCGACAAAAACCUACAACACCGCAAGGCUACUCGGGUUUCUGAAGUACACACUUGAUCAGUAUGUGGAGAAUGAUUACACACUGGUGGUGUUUCAACACGGAUUGGUCCACGUAAAUAGACCCUCGUUCAACUGGUUGACCCAGGCAUACAGGGAGCUGGACAGAAAGUUCAAGAAGAAUCUGAAGGCUCUGAUCAUCGUACACCCUUCCAAUCUUGUCAAGGUAUUCUGGGGUAUCUUCAGGCAUCUCGUCAGCACCAAGUUCAGUCGCAAGGUUACCUAUGUUCAUCUCAUGAGCGAGUUGGAUGGGUUGAUGGACAUUGAGCGUUUAGCCAUUCCAGAGGUUGUCAAAAAGCAUGAUAUGCAAAUGAUUGAGCGACGUAGAGGGAGACAACAACGACAGACAGCAUCGAGUCCGAACACCACAGCGGUAGAUGCACCUAAAGAGCCGCCGAAAACACAACAGUUUGGAGUCCCACUUGAAAUUUUGAUUGAGAAUGAGGGGCAACCGAUUCCCAAGAUCGUGAGAGAAACAGUUGAAGCAGUAAGGACAAGAGGUUUAGAGACUGAAGGAAUAUUCCGCCGAUGCCCCAACGCCAUCACAGUGAAAGAAGUACAGAGGAAGUACAAUCAAGGAGUAGCCGUGGACUUUGAGGCCUUGGUUGACGUUCAUAUCCCAGCUCUCAUCUUAAAGACAUUCUUCAGGGAGUUACCGGCACCGAUAAUGACCUAUGAACUUUAUGACGACAUUCUUGCAAUGCAUGGUCUUCAAGACAAUGAUGCUAGGAUAGCAAGCUGUAGGAGCAUCGUUGAGAAGCUCCCUGACAUGAACUACAACGUCUUACAUUAUUUGAUGCGUCUUCUGCAUGAGGUGACUGAAAACAGCGACAAGACCAAGAUGUCUGCCGCCAACAUUUCCAUCGUCUUCGGCCCCAACCUCGUCUGGCCCAAGAACAAGGCGAUCUCCCUCGCCUCUCUCUCACAAAUCAACUCCUUCGUUGCCACCUUACUCUACCACUACGACCACAUCUUCACACGUCAGGCUCCCAUGAUGCAAGAGCCGCUGGCAUCCAAAGGGGAGACACCACAGACAACUUGAUGAGGUCGGAGGUCAAAUCUUGCUCUGAUGAGGUCAGAGGUCAAAUCUUGCUCUGAUAAGGUCAGAGGUCAAAUCUUGCUCUAAUGACCUACAGGCAUUCAGAUAUUAUUUCCUUUAUGCAAAAUGCAAGUUACGAUGCGCCGUAUUUUUGACCGCGUGAGGGCGCUCUUGAACACACUGUAUCACUUCCGGGGUAUAUUGAUUCAAACCCAAACAGU